AUGCCUCCUCACGCUGGCCAGAAACGAUCCGCAACUCAGAAUGGCGAACCCUCUACAUCCACCAAACAUGCAUCCAAGAAAACACGCUUCGUAGAGCCAGACGACGACCCAGCAAACUUUGCAGAACAGGUCGACGCCUCGCUCGAAGGCCCGUCACGAAAGGGCAAAGUCAAGACCGAAGGCUACGAAUCCGACUCUAGUGACGAUGGAGAAGGUGUCGUUUACAGCAGGAAGAAGGGUGGUGCAGAUAACGACGACGAUGAUGAUAUGUUUGCUAUGGGAGAGAAGGAAGACAAGGAAGAAGAGUCUGGGAAGAAGAAGGAGAAGUUUAUGAGGCUGGGUGACAUCGAGGGACAGGAAUUCAACAAUGACUCGGCAGGGGAAGGUUCAGACGACGAUGACGAGGAACUGGAUGAGGCGGCUCUGCGGAAGAAGAACAGAGAUACUAUGGGUUUUGAGAUAUCGUCUUUCAACAUGCGAGACGAGAUGGAGGAGGGCAAGUUCACAGAGGACGGCAACUAUAUCAGAACCUACGACCCCCAUGCAGCCCAUGACAAAUGGAUGGAAGGCCUCACAGACACAGAAAUCAAGUUAGCCCGCAAACGACGUCGAGAACAGGAGAAGAAACAGAAGGAAAAGAUGGAAAAGGAGGAGAGGGAGCUCGCAGAGAGCGGUGGCCAGCCAGCCAUCCAGAUGAAGCUACUCCCCUUACUCAAGAAGGGCGAGUCCGUCCUCGAAGCUCUUCAGAGACUCGGUGCUCAGGCAAAAGGGAAACAACCUCAAAAGAAACCAAACAAGCGGAAAGUAGACUCGGAUUCAAACAAUGCUGCUGCUAUGCCCGUAGACUCGACACCAAAAGAACCAACGCCCAUCGAACUCAUCACACAGCUUGCCUCCAAUCUCAUGUCAUUAGGUGACGCCGACCCUUAUUCCAAAACCUACGAGGAACUCGUCCGGAGUGUACGUUCGAGCGGCAAAGUCGACCAGAACUGGGAACCUCCAUCUGCUGAUGUCAAAUAUGAAUACAAGUGGGACGUACCAGGGAAUGAACAGGGAGAGGUCUUUGGCCCCUUCAGUGAGGAUGACAUGAAGGCAUGGUUCAAAGCACAGUACUUUGGGACAUAUGGGGAGAAGGUACAGGUUCGUCGCGUGGGUGGUGAAUGGGGUUCUUGGGACGACGUAGUCGAAUCGUGA